AAGCGGUCUUCACGCCAGUAUGGAUUAGCUGUAAGUUAAAAAUGAAAAGUUCACGUUUAUAAUGGUAUAAGGACUUAGGAAAGUGGAUCUGUUAGGAGAAAUUUGUCUCUUGUGUUUAACAGUUCCAAUCUGAUGAGGUAUUUUCAUUUAUGGCUAUGGAAAGUAGAAUGAAGCCAGUCAGCAUAUUAUGUUAAGUAAUCAACCUUACACUACUGAUCUUAAUGGAUUCUGGAUCGCGGUAACCGCAAGAGAAACCAGCCUUGCCACAACUUGGAAGGCGGAAAUUAGUCCACACUUAGCAUUUGUAAACAGUUAAACGCAGUUGAAUAAACAUGCUUUGAAAAGCAAAGGGGUGCAAAAAAUGACAUCAUGCUUCCCUGCAGUUCAAAUUGUUUAAGUCGAUUAUUUUACCACAUGCAAUUAACCUAAAACACAAUAUAUUAUAAUUACAAACGCGAUAAUUCGCGUUCAACUUUGUUGGACAAACGUGCAUUAAAUAUUGCUCAUUACCUAAUAUGUGAAUAAACUUUGAGGAACUCUUAAAGUUGCUGAGACGAAGUGACAUUAUUGAUUUAUCUUCUAAUGUGUUUGGUAUUUUCACCGCAAGGUUUCGUAUUCCGUGUGUGAACACUUUCAACGCUGAUCACACACAGACUAUAAACACACGAGUUAUUUUCGUUAUGAUGAUAUCAAUCGAGGAAUUAUGAAAUCGAUUCCCUGUUGCAAUAUGCAUUCAAAGAUUUCGUCUGUAGUCGCAUAUAACUAAGGUUAGGUUAAACGAAACGUUGAAAAUUCCCUGAAGGAAGUUGGACGCCGGAGAGAGUUGCGUGUGCAGUCCUUAACAGUAUAAUCAUUGAGAUACUGAGAAAUGGUCGAUCUGAGCAUGUUGAUUGAAGGAAUUACGGUGGGAAUCCUUGCAGCUCUGGUUCUACUCUUAGUGUGUAUCAUAAUUAUCAAACGAAGACGGCGCAAAAAGAAUCACCAGGCAGUAAAAAACUACUCCAGCGCUGACACCGACUCGUCGCCAACAGAAUUUCUCGAAGACCGCCGAAAUUUGGACACAUGUCCUUUGAUCAGCACAGAAUACGAACCAGUUCAGCCGGAAAAAACGGUAACAUGGGCUGACCCGGUGGCCGAGCCAGAGAUUAAACCCCGGUCGUACUCUUGCCCGGUCGCAAGACGAAACGCUUUCUCAGAUAUCAACCCAAAUGUUGAUGAAAAUAAAAGAAAAUGUGCCGAGACGCCAAGUACACGAAACAAAAAGAGAUCCCGUCGAUAUCGUAUACGAAGUAAAACCGAUCUGUGCUUUCAGGCUUGUCAAGUGCAGUUCACAGUAUUUUAUAAUUACUAUCAUUCUAAAUUAACGGUUCAACUGGUGUGUGCUGUGAACAUCCCGUCAACGUUUGGUCUUACUUAUGGUUCCUACAUUGUGGUGGAGUUGCAGCCAAGUUUGAAGAAACAUGCAACAAACGUGCAGUUUCAUACCAACAAUCCAGCCUUUAACGAAACCGUAGAAUUUCCUGGCAUCUCUUCCGAGGAGUUUUUGAACAUGAGCUUGAGGCUCGGAUUGUAUGCGGUCGACAGACGAAAUCGUAGCACCCUUAUCGGAGAGGUGAUCGUACCUAUGGCCGAGCUGGAUCUAAAUCCCAAUAAACCCAGUACAAUUUGGAGACCCAUAACAGACAACGAUCAGCAGUCUAGACUCUCAACUUCUCUUGUAUCUCUGAAAGAUAUCGUGGAUCGAGGAGAGUUGACAAUAUCUCUCAAGUAUCAAAUUCUAUCGAGUAAAAUUACCGUCGUGAUUAUGAAGGCCGUUAAUUUGCCAAAUAUUAGCAAGAUUUUUGCUAUUGAUCCGUAUGUUAUCGUAAAACUCUUGCUCCAUCUCAAGACGAUUCAAACCAAAAAAACAUCAAUAAAACGUCGUACGACUUCACCCUGCUGGAAUGAACCGCUGGUAUUUGAGUUGGAUUCAAAAAUCCCAAUCGUUGAUUACAGCAUGUCGUUCAAAGUGAAGUCUCACAACAGCCUGUCUGAAGACUUCACCGUGGGAGAGAUUGAGAUUGGUAAACAUGCUGAGGACUCUGGCAGGCAACAUUGGGAUGAUAUGAUCAAGAGAAAGAAUCACGACCGAGCCAUGAGCCACAAAAUCAAGUGAUCAAGCGUAUUUUACAUCGUUGUAACACUUAGAAACUCGUGCACUGCGAAUUAUAGCCUUGAAAUUUGAUACCGAGUCCGAUUUCCAUAUUUAACAAUCUGAAAUGAUUAACAAAGUCAAUCUUCUUUUUAAACCUAACCCCAGUGAGUCUAACAGUGACCCUAAUCUAAACCCUAAUCCGCGUAAACUCUAACCACUUAAAUCCUAUGGAUUACAGUGAGGAAUAUUUAAUCCAUCAAAACACACAUUGAUGAUUGAAAUAUUUUUGUUCUCGUAAUUACCAAUGUACAUUAGGCAUGUUUACUUGAAGGGACUUGUAAAUGAAGCCAAUUUUUUGAAGGGAAUUAUUUAUAUUAAUCAGGGCUGCAAGAUUAACUCUUUCAGAGACCAAACCAUUAUUAAAAUCAGCGUGCGUAAAUAAAAAGGUACAUUAUUUACCAUUUACAUGAAGUAUUAAAUAUUUAGGCAUUCUGAUUGGCUUGCCUGAAAAAUGUGACAAAUUUGCCAGUUUAAAAUCCUCGAUGUUUGUGAAAUGUGAAUGAAGUUGUAUGGGAGGACUUUAAAAUAAAACAGGCGAAAUGCAAUGUGUUAUUAAGAG